AUGGCCUCAUUAGUACCAUUAUCUGCUGGAAACAAGGGCGAUGGAACAACUAGUACUGAGAAAAAAAAGAGUUCCAAAUUGAAUGAUCUUGUUCAAACGUCAAGAAACCUACCGAAACGUUUAGACGAUAUUGAAACGUUGCACUUAAGUUUGAACGAGAUUCAAAAAAGAGCCUACAAUUUGAGACACUAUAACAAACCAAACACAGAAACAAACCUAUUUACAAAAGCUCAUUAUCUAUUGAUUGGCAAAGGAAUCACCAUCGAAGAUAUCGAAGAUGAUUUAAAUUCACUUGACUCUUUGAUAAAAUCGAACGAAUAUAAUAAAUCUUUGCACAAGAAGUCUAAAUAUUCUGAUAAAGACGACUUGCUAAAGCCCAGUAACUUAGUUAAUUAUAUGAAUAGACAAAAGGACGAAGAUGUCAUAUCUACAAUUGAGAAUUCAUUAACAGCUGCAGCUAAAGAUUUCGACAAUUUUGUCAAUAAUAAUAUCGAUCUAGAUUGGAAGCAUAAAAAGAAGGAGCUAUACGAGAAACUACACACUGUUAUUAAGCGUGAACCAUCAGGUGCUAUAACAACUAGUUCACCAGAGAAAAAGAUCAAGAAAUAUUCUCAAAAGGAGUUGCUAGAGAGACAAUUAACUUGGGGGGUUAAGCAUUCCAAGAGCUUAAUUUCCUCUAUUUUCAACUUUGAUGACAUUAGUAACACAACUUCUGAAUCGGCAAUUAAUCCAAAUGUGUCUUAUUCAUUAAGAAAAAAAUUCGAAAUAUUUGCAGAAGUUAUUUAUGAACUCAAUGAGGCCAGACAGUCUAAUUCAUGGUACAAGCUAGCUACUGUUAUUUCGUCUAUUUACAAAUCAGAAAUCAAUGGUAAUAAGUCUGACCAGCUACAUGAGGCUUACGUCAUCCUAAGAGAAUUUUGUGAAGCUCCGGAGGACAGUAAUGAUGAAGGUGACCAAGUUGAUGACAAUGAUAGACCAAGUAGAUUCAGAAAAGCAACUAAUUCAAAGUUAACGGAUAUAGAAUCAAUCAAACUUAGAGAGCGGAUAGUUUUAAAAAGCAGAGAGUAUUUAGAGACCCAGUUCAGGGAUUACAUUAAUGAGUUGUAUAUAAUGAAUAAGUCAACGAAUCUUAAUGAAAUAUCAGCUAAGAAUGAGGAUAAAUUCCUUAUUCCGAACGUUGAUAGGGUUAUUAAUUAUAUUGAGCUAACCAUGCGGAACAAGCAGAAGCAAUGGAAGAUCCCAAACAUGACAUUUAUAAAUGGAUUACCUUUGUGGGCAAUAUUAUUCUAUUUAUUAAGAAGUGGGUGUUACAAUGAAGCAAUCAUUUUGAUCUCUAAAUAUGAGGACUCAUUUCAAAAACUUGAAAAAUCAUUUCCAUAUUACCUUAAGUCAUACUGUGAAUCUAAGGAUAAGAAACUUAGUGAAGAGCUACAGGGCAGAUUACAAAAUGAAUUUAACCAAUACUUCAAGAAUUCUAACCAAGAUAUAGAUCCAUUUAGAUAUGCCGUAUACAAAAUAAUUGGUAAGUGCGAUACUGCUAAGAAGAAUCUGGAUAAUAUUCAAUUGAGUAUCGAAGAUUGGUUAUGGUUACAUCUAACGCUAAUCAAGGAGCAUGAAGAGGAUGAUAUAAUGAACGAUAACUAUAGGCUAGUAGAUUUACAGAAAACUGUUGUUGAAUUUGGUAGUGAAUCUUUCAAUAUAUCAAGUAAGAAUCCAAUGUAUUUGCAGACACUGUUAUUGGUUGGAUUGUUUGAAGAUGCAAUAAAAUAUUGGAUGCAAAUUAAUGAAAUAGAUGCGAUUCACCUCGCAGUCGUAUUGAACUAUUAUGGUUUGAUCAGGAUUAGUGAUGUGAGUAAAACCUCGUUAUUGAAUAUCAAUUCGUAUGGUUUCAAAUCUAUCAAUUUUGGUAGAAUGAUUGGAAACUAUGUCAAAAAAUUUAAGUUCAGUGACCCAAGAGUUGCGAGUGAGUAUCUAUUCUUACUUUCAAUCAAUGAGGAUCAACUUCAGAUAUGCCAAGAUUCAAUUCGUGAACUCGUGCUAGAGACAAGAGAGUAUAUUUUAUUGUUGGGUAAAAUUACUAGUGAUGGCGUGCGUAUUCCAGGUGUAAUCGAGGAACGCAAAUCAUUGUUAGGGUUGAAGGAUGAAAAAUCCUAUCUAUAUAAUAUAACGGAAAAGGCAGCACAAAUAGCCAAUGAAGAAGGCAGAUUGUUUGACUGUAUUUUGCUUUAUCAGUUAAGUGAGGAAUACGAUAUUGUUUUAAAAAUCAUUAACAAAUUGUUGGGUGAUUUCCUCAAUUCGAUUGAUUUGGUGAAUCAUAGGGGAGACCUGCUGAAUGAUGAUAACGUUGGUGAUAUCAACAUAGUCAGAUUGAGUGAGAACAUACUCAAGAUUUACAAUUCUUCCCCAGAAAUACUCAGUCAGGUUGCAAUCCAAAGUCGACUCAAUUGUGAAAAACUUUUAGACAUUUAUAGGAUUUUCCGGGUUUUCAAUGAGGGUAAAGACUAUAAUAAAUUGCUAAAUGAGAUUAAAGCAUUAGAACUAAUACCAAUAUCAGCAGAUAUUAGUCUAAGUGAAAUCAGGAGGUACUUGACUGAAUUUGAGAAACUAGAUGAAAAUCUAAUGAAGAAUGUACCUAAUCUCUUAAUUGUUGAAAUGAUGAGUCUAAGGGAGUUGUUGUCAAUUAGUGACAACAGUGCCAAAGAUGAAGAAUUGAAAAAGAUUGCAAAGAAUUCCAUGAUCUUUGCAGGUUUAAUCAAGUACAAAAUGCCACGUGAGAUUUACACAAUCUUAAUAAAUUUUGAGAUUAGUUUAUAA